GUCAUUUCAUUGGCCGGUUGCUGUAGCCUGUGGGGUGAGGAGCGAAGCUGCUCUCCUAGGAAGUCGCUAUAAUGGCGGACCGCCUAACGCAGCUGCAGGACGCGGUGAAUUCGCUUGCAGAUCAAUUUUGUAAUGCUAUUGGAGUAUUGCAACAGUGUGCCCCACCUGCAUCCUUCAGUAAUAUACAAACUGCAAUAAACAAAGAUCAACCGGCUAAUCCUACAGAAGAAUAUGCACAGUUGUUUGCUGCACUAAUUGCAAGAACUGCUAAGGAUAUUGAUGUUUUAAUAGAUUCUUUACCCAGUGAAGAAUCAACAGCCACAUUACAGGCUGCUAGUCUGUAUCGCUUGGAAGAAGAAAACCAUGAGGCAGCUGCACGUCUAGAAGAGGUGGUUUUUCGUGGGGAUAUGCUUCUGGAAAAGAUACAGAGUGCUUUAGCAGACAUUGCUCAAUCGCAGCUGAAGACAAGAAGUGGCAGUCAUAGUCAGCCUGUUCCAGACUAACAGCAGCAAGUGUGAGGACUUGAGCACAAGAUUUGAACUUCUGUAAAAUGGGGUUGUGGGCGUGGAUAGAAGACUGAAGCUGUACUUCACUGCUGAGCCUUAAUCCUAGAGAGCCACCUGUGGUUCCGUGCUUAUGGGAAAAGGCAUGCCUGUUGACAUAGUCGUCAUCCUUUUGUAUGAUGCUGUGCUAAUAUGAGAAGCAAUUGGAAUGUUGCUGCAACUUUAGUUUGUUAUGUCAAAUUCUGUGCUUUGAUUGGUACUGUGUCAGUAAGUUAGAAUAUCUGAUUUCAUCCAUUAGACAGCAUUGCCUAGUCACAACAAAUAUAGUUGAAGUAAGGCAUGCGUGUGCGAGUGGCCCAUUUAACGAUGUACACAUGUAAUGAGUGGGAGUGCUUUCUGUACAGGAAAUGAAUUGCAUGUGAAAUGCCACUGACCUUGCCUCUCAACAUGCUCCCAGGAUUUGUUUUGUAUUGAAUAGAGGCCUUCUGUGCUUUUUUUAAAAUGGAAAUUUAUACUUGGAUUUUACUUCUUGUGGAAGAUUUCAGGAUGCUAUUUGCAAGUAGAAGAGCAAAGCAAAAGCAUCACAGAAGCAGUUGAACCACUGACAACCUGUAAACAUCUGCAUCUAAGAGUGGAUACAUGUUGUUCCACAACACUGCAUAUGCUUAUAGGCAUGAUAGGCUGAUGUACUUUAGGGAAGGAAAGGAUGCAGAAGGGAAAACGGUAUGGGAAAACCAGGGUACUGCCUUUCUCUGUUCCCCAGCAUGUAACUUUGGCUAAAUGCAGAAAUACUGUUGGAAGCUCACUCUUGCAAGUAUCCACAAUCUAAGCCAAGACAGUUCUGAGAACAUAAAGCGCAGAUAAUCUUAGCACUGGCUGUAGCCUUAAGUAAAAAUAGACUUCUUAAAGUACAGUUUAAGCUGUAAGAUAUGCAAGAGAAGCAAAACGUAUCUGCAUUAAAGCUAUACUUGCCAAGUAAUUGCUUUUCUCUCUCCCUGGUUCUCUUCCUAGAAUUGUAAGACAAAUCAUAUUUAGAUUCAAACUUAUUUUAUUUCUACUAUUUUCUUGGUUCUGUAAAAAUACAAAAGUAUACUGAAA